CAGAGAGUUACCUGUUGAUAAGAUUGUAGCCUUUAUAUUUGAAGUUCUUGAGUGUUUUAGUUUAAUGCAACAUAUGUACCUGUUUGCAAAGGGUUAAAUGUUGGCAAAAAGUUAUACAAAUGUCAUUUAACAUUUGUAACACACUCUGUAACUGAAGUUCGAUUUCUAACGUGUGAAAUGAAUGAUAAAUUUUCUUCAAGUUACAGUCAAAUUUUUGUAAAUUUCUCGGUUGCGUCAACUUUUUAACAUAGUCGCAAUGAAUGAGUUUAUAAAUGAUAUAGAGGUAAAUACAUCAGGACAACUUUUAAACGACUCUUCAUGCAAUCAAAACGAUUUCUAUUCUAAUUCGUGUAAGGUUGACUUCAAACGCAAAGCUACGCAGCUUGUUAUUUUUCUAAUAUUCGUAUUGGGUAUAUUUUUUGCGAUUUUAAUAUAUUGCAAAAGUUGCAGCAGCAUUUACAGGACAUCCGCAAGGUAUUCGCAAAACAGUUCCCAUGAAAGUGACUGUAAUCAACGAGGGGAAUCAGAAAAUAUAAAUUCAUUACCAUGUAACACUUUAUACGAAUCCAGAGACAGGCCACCAUCGUACAGUGAAGCUUGCAGUGCUCCACCUCUGUACACAGCACCUUUCAACAGGAUAUCUAUGCUUGAAGUACCACCAGUUUAUCCAGAAACACCUAAGUCAUCUGAUCGAAAGGCAUACUUGGAGAAUCAAGCUUUUCCAGUAAUAAAUCAUAUAUAACAAAUCAUAUUAAAAUCUACGCUUAUUCUGAAUGUAAGAUCUUGAAAUUAGGAAGAUGAAUUUAAAAAUAAAAAUUAAUAAUUUUCA